GGACCCUUUUGCCAUCCACCGGCAGCACAUGAACCGCAUGCUCUCUGGAAGUUUUGGGUUUGGCCCACUUCUUGGCAUCACUGAUGGGACCUCUCCUGGAGCUCGCCAGGCUGGGCGUAGGAUGCAGGCAGGAGCUGUUUCACCCUUUGGGAUGCUCGGCAUGGCAGGUGGCUUUAUAGAUAUGUUUGGGAUGAUGAACGACAUGAUUGGAAACAUGGAGCAUAUGACAAGUGGUGGUAACUGCCAGACAUUUACCUCCUCAACUGUCAUCUCCUAUUCCAACAUGGGUGAUGGGCCCAAAGUCUAUCAGGAGACCUCAGAGAUGCGUUCAGCACCUGGCGGGAUCCGUGAGACCAGGCGGACGGUGAGGGACUCGGACAGCGGCUUGGAACAGAUGUCGAUCGGCCACCACAUCAGGGAGCGGGCCCACAUCAUGCAGCGCUCCCGCAACCACCGCACGGGCGACCAGGAGGAGCGGCAGGACUACAUCAACAUGGAUGAAAGUGAGUGCGGCCC